AAAUGACUCAUCACAAAAAUAUGGAAAAAAUGAAGAAGAAGUAAUGGAGGUAUCUUUUGAAGAUUAUGUUGAUAAUUAUGAAUAUACUUUGGGUGAUAAAAUACCAGAAAGUUUAAAUUUAGAAAACGAUUCUAAUAUUGAUACUAUAAGUGUUCUUGAUUUAAGUGACGAAAAUAAUGUGGAGGUAAUUUUUUCUUAUAAAAAUAUAAAUGAAAAGAAUAUAAAUAAUGUUAAUAUGGAUGAACUUAAAUCAUUUAUUGAUACACGAGCUGAAGAAAAUCAAACGAAAAUGUGGGAUGAGUAUAUAAAUAAUAUUGAAAAUAUUACACCGAAAAGCAUAGAAUAUAAAUAUAAAUAUCAUACAUCUACUAAAAGAAAUUUAAGAAGUUUUAUUAAAUAUGCUAAAAGUACACUUAAGUUAUUAUAUAAAAUAAUUAAAUAUAUUUUAAUUACUAUUUAUAAUAUUAUUAAAUAUAUUAUUGUUGCUAUUUUUACCACACUAGAAAGUAUAAUAUAA